GAAGGUAAUAAGAAAGGUGUCUGGGAGAAUUUGGGAUGAAGGCGUCUUUUUAAUCAGAUAUAGUUCAAUAUUUUUACGAACCCCCAUUAGUGGAUUGUAAUCGACUUGAAGAAGCAGCACCCUCUGGACUACAACUGAACAAUGGAGACAGCUCUAGCAAAAACAGCAGAGAAAAGGCAAGUCGUUUUUCUUACUAUAUUGUUGCUCUUGUGGGAGGCUCGUUCUGAGGCAAUUAGAUACUCCAUGCCAGAAGAAAUGGAGACUGGCUACCUGGUGGCUAAUUUGGAAAGAGAUUUGGGGCUGAAGGUGGGGGAACUGGCCACCAGAGGGGCACAAAUCCAUUACAAAGGUAACAAAGAGCUCUUGCAGCUGGAUGCAGAGACAGGGAAUUUGUUCUUGAAGGAAAAACUAGACCGCGAGGAGCUGUGCGGGGCGACAGAACCCUGUGUGCUGCACUUCCAGCUCAUACAGGAAAACCCUGUGCAGUUCUUCCAAACUGACCUGCAGCUCACAGACAUAAACGACCAUUCUCCAGAGUUCCCGCACAGGGAAAUGCUCCUAAAGAUCCCGGAGAAUGUCCAGCCAGGGACUGUGUUUCCUUUGAAGGCAGCUCAGGACCCUGACAUAGGGAGCAAUGCUGUUCAGAACUACACAGUCAGCGCCAACCUCCACUUCCAUGUCGUUACUCACAGUCGUGCUGAUGGCAGGAAAUACCCGGAGCUGGUGCUGGACAGAGCCCUGGACAGGGAGGAGCAGCCUGAGCUCACUUUAACCCUCACUGCUGUGGAUGGUGGGUCUCCACCCAGGUCUGGGACCACCACAGUUCGCAUUGAAGUCGUGGACAUCAAUGAUAACGCUCCCCAGUUUGUACAGUCGCUCUAUGAGGUUCAGGUCCCUGAGAACAGCCCCCUUGGUGCCUUAGUUGUGGCAGUUUCUGCCAGGGAUUUAGACAUGGGACCUCAUGGGAGUGUCGCCUACUCUCUGUUUCAAGGUAGUGGAGCUUCUCUACCAUUUGUUAUAGACGACAUCACAGGAGAAAUUCGUCUGAGUGAAGAGUUGGAUUUCGAGGUUACUAGCCAGUAUAACAUAGAAAUCGCAGCUACCGAUGGAGGAGGCCUUUCGGGGAAAUGCACUGUGGCUGUGCAGGUGUUGGAUGUGAAUGACAACGCCCCUGAGCUGACUAUCAGAAAGCUCACAACCCCUAUCCCAGAAAACUCCCCGGAGACUGUAGUUGCUGUUUUCAGUGUUUCUGAUGCAGAUUCCGGAGACAAUGGAAGGAUGGUGUGUUCUAUUCAGAACGAUCUCCCAUUUCUCUUAAAACCCACAUUCGAGAACUAUUACACUUUAGUGACAGAGGGGCCACUGGACAGAGAGAGCAGAGCUGAGUACAACAUCACCAUCACAGUCAGCGACAUGGGCACACCCAGGCUCUCAACCCAGCACACUGUAACAGUGCAGGUAUCUGAUGUCAACGACAACGCCCCCGCUUUCAAUCAAAGCUCCUACACCCUGUUUGUUGAAGAGAACAACAGCCCCGCCCUGCACAUAGGCACCAUCAGCGCCACAGACUCAGACUCGGGCUCCAAUGCCCACAUCACCUACUCGCUGCUGCCCACCCACGACCCGCAGCUGGAUCUCGCCUCGCUCAUCUCCAUCAAUGCAGACAAUGGACAGCUGUUUGCGCUCAGGGCGCUGGACUAUGAGACCCUGCAAACUUUCCAGUUCCGCGUUGGGGCCACAGACCAAGGCUCGCCUGCUCUCAGUAGCCAGGCGCUGGUGCGCGUGCUGGUGCUGGACGCCAAUGACAAUGUGCCCUUCGUGCUCUACCCGCUGCAGAACGCCUCUGCGCCCUUCACAGAGUUGCUGCCCAGGGCAGCGGAGUCAGGAUACCUCGUCACCAAGGUGGUGGCAGUGGACCGCGACUCUGGCCAGAAUGCCUGGCUGUCCUUCCAGCUGCUCAAGGCCACGGAGCCAGGGCUGUUCAGCGUGUGGGCUCACAAUGGCGAGGUGCGCACCUCCAGGCUGCUGAGUGAGCGCGAUGCGCCCAAGCACAUGCUGCUGCUACUGGUCAAGGACAAUGGCGAUCCUCCGCGGUCUGCCAGUGUCACUCUGCAUGUGCUGCUGGUGGAUGGCUUCUCUCAGCCCUACCUUCCUCUGCCUGAGGUGUCCGGCGACCCUGCGCAUAAUAAGGACUUCCUCACACUCUAUUUGGUCAUUGCCUUGGCAUCUGUGUCUUCGCUCUUUCUCUUGUCUGUGCUGCUUUUUGUGGGUGUGAGACUGUGCAGGAGGGCCAGGGCAGGCUCUCUGGGUGCAUGCUCUGUGCCUGAGGGACACUUUCCUGGUCACCUGAUGGAUGUCAGUGGUUCGGGAACCUUGUCCCAGAGCUACCAGUAUGAGGUGUGUCUGAAAGGAGGUACAGGAACAAAUGAGUUUAAAUUUCUUAAACCAUUGUUUCCUAACCUUCAGAGCCAGGCGGCUGCUGAAGAAAGAGAAAAUGCUGUUGUGCGCAAUAGUUUUGAAUUCUAUUAGCGCGAUUAUUUUGAAGUGAUGUUCCCCUCGUUUAUCAUAACUAAUCCUGAUGUAGAGUACAGAGAGACAUCUCCUUGAGAUAUAGGUUUAAUUUAUCCUUUCAUUUGGAUUUGUCUGUUCAAGUUUCAUCCUAUAAGAGAAAGUUUAAUUCUACUUCAUUGUGUUUGUUUAUAUUUCUGUGCCCUACCAAUGCAUGCUAAGUUCCUCUUUCACUCUAUUUUUGCUCUUUUUUAGAACUAGUACUUGCCGCAACAAAUUAGAACUUCUUUGUUAGUGGAGCCUUAUUUUGUUUGGUUAUUUGACAUAGGGUCUUGCUUUGUAACCCUUGCUGAUCUGGAAUGACUUUGUACAGAUUGAUGGAAAGUUCGUGGUGAUCAGCCUGCUUCUGUUGCCCUAA